AUCACACAGACGAAGUACGCACGAUCAUCCAGAAAGCGACAAAAGACGUUGCUAUUGAAAGUUCACUCAAAACGUACGAAGAAGUUUGGCUAAGUAAAGUCUUUGAACUGAAACGCUACAAAAAAGCAAGAGUUUCCUCAGCGGCAAUGGUUACAGGAAAUCAAGAGGUUUGACUUUUAUCUAAAAUUUGCUUUAAAUAAUCUCGCAUUGCAAUUAUUAAGUUUUGCUUAGUUAUGAAUUCGCAGCGGUUAAAUUCCCUCGCAUCCUAAAUUACAAGUUCUUUUUGUGCAGUUUAAAAUUCGUCCAUUUUCACGGGGUAGUAACAAUUUCAAUCGUGUGUUACUAGAACACGAUUGAAGAAGAAACUUUUUUGGAAUUUAUUGAAAGCUGUAUCGAGGCACCUGGUUUAUGAAGUUAUCUUUUCUAUUUUGAAAUAGAGAGCACUGUGGGCAUGUCAGUCUUUAUUGUAAGAUAUAUUAAUAUCGGUGUCAGUCUAUUGAUGAGCAAAUUCGCCUGAAUCCCACCCGAUUUGGGGAGGGAAAUAAAAAUCGCGGAUUGGAGAGGUUGCUUGGCAGUCGAAUCUAACCGAAUACACCCUUCCGGUGUACUCAGUCUUGACUCUAGAGCCUCUUUAGAGCCCUUUAUCUAGAUCUUGUUUCAGAUGGACACACUGACGAAAUCAUACAGUUAUAUUAGAUAACAUAAAAUACCUUUAUAUAAUGAGGUAAUCAGAAAAAAACCCCACUUAUUUUUGAUCCAAACAUCUUAUUUUAGAGAUAUUCUAUUCGCAGGUGCAAAUUGCAAUUUCAUUUAGGUGAGUGCAAGCGAGAUAGACUCUGAAGCUCAAGGUCAUGCCGGACAUCGGGGUUUAUCUGGUAGAUACUCAGUGGCAAGUUACGGCAGUGGUGGAUUAAGUCAUAAAGAAAGCAAAACGCGUAGAACAACACCUUCACUCGCAUCUGGGGCGUUCUCACAAUCCCUUAUGAACUUGACACAGGUAAACGUCAAUAAUUGUUUCAACAGCAAUGGAAUUUGUUUGUUUCUUUUUGACUGAUUAUUUUGUGUAUAGGAUUCUGGUCCGCUUUGUUUGCUGACAAACUGUGAUCCCAUUUUUGAAGAACUGGAGUCCCACCAGGUAUGUUUUUAAUUUUUACAUUUUUCAAACUUUUUGUUGAGAGUUAUAUAAUAGCGUAUUCCAUGUAGCUACAUGUACUGAGCCAGGAUGAAAUGACCAUGAAAGAACAUGUUGCUAACUACCAAUAGUCUAAAUAAAUUAUGCUAAAUGUAGUUCAAAGAACCGAUUAGUUUUUGCACUGUUAUAUGAGUAAAUUUAAACGGCCGUAUUGUAUAUUAUAUUUAAUAACUACGUAAGAGGAAUAUAACACUCAAUUUGAUUGGCUAAUGAGCGUCGAUUUUAACGCAGUAAUGCACCGCCGAUGUUUUGGCUUUUGAAAAUGGCGAAGUCGCGAAGAAAGAUUCCCAGCUGUUUCGGCAUGUGCCUGAAUUAAACUUCAUGAUUGCAAGUCCUCAUUGAAAGGUGACUUGUGUAGUGAAUUUGUCCGUAAAUGCAUCUGCACUCUUUCGAAAUAGCACUGCUUUCGUUUUCUAUUUGGUGAGAAAUCAGCUAUUGGAGGAUAAAAUGAAAAAUUGGCAAUUUGAAAAUAUGUUGAGGAGUCCCAUAAAAUGACAACAAAUGAUAAAUUUAAACAGAUCAGAAAUUGCGGCCACAAAUUAAAUUGACAGCUAAGAUGAGCUUGCACAGAGCAUGCAUACUGUAGAUUGUGCAUGCAGACUUGUACCGGGUUGGCCGGUUGUAUAAAGCUUACUUUUUAACUACCCGUUUUGUAGUUAAAUAGUGGUUAACUUUGACCACAUAGUUAAGUUGGUUGUAUAAAAAUGUAGUUAGCGUUAACUGCAGUUAAAAAGUUGUUAAAGUUAACUAAUGCUCUAGGGUAUUGUUAACCUCUCAAAACGUAGUUAAAAAUGGCGCUUGUAUAGGAGUGAACAACAUUUUUCAAUAAAACAAUAAUGAAAAGUAACACUUACCUGGGAUUUUCAAUCGCUAUCUUGCCUGUGAAUGUUUCCUGACAAUUAUAAACUCUUCAAACGCUAUCGCUUUGGUGUUUUUGCAAGAACACGCAGAAUAUAUUUUUGCACGGGAGAAACAUGAUAUAUAAUUGCCAAACAGUUACACUUUGGUUUAACGUAUACACAUCUCAAGGAAAACGGCCUUCUUCUCUGAUUUUUCUUUGUUUUCUUGUUUAUUUUUCACUAUUUUGAAUAAAAUUCCCGCCUAUUUGCAAAAUGCGAGUCCACGAUCAUGUUCUAUAGCAACUUUUCUAUGUAAUACUAAUUUCUGUGCAAUUUUGUUGUUAUAAUCGAUAUCAUGAAGCCUUUCCCGUUAAACAACAGACAAAUCUUUAUGUGAAACUACGUUCGUUGUACAUUACCUGUGAUAAUUUAGGUAAUAUGUAUUUCAUAGUUAAGUAUAUAUAAUAUUAUAAUAUAGUCAUUCACCGUAUAUGAGCUGUUCUGCAAUCUGAUUGGUUGAAUUACUCGCCGUAUAUCAGCUCAUAUGCGGCGAGUAGCGAAAAACAAGAUGGCGGUUCAAAAACUACAUGAGUUUUGCGAAACAAAAAAGUUUGCAACGAAAGACAAAUGAAUUUGCAGUCAACAAGCACUUACUAUACUACCAAACAUCUGUAUAAUAUAUCUGAGCUUUUCUGUGAGAUAUACCGGUUCUAAAACCAUUUCUUUCACUUCGUCUUCGAGUUGUACAAAGUAUUUCAAAUUUUCAAGGCCAAGCGGUUUUUGGCCGAACAAAUUGUCAAGACAUUGUAACAGAGGAUAAUUAAUUAUUGCUUCAGUUAAUGGCUAUUAGACUAUAUUAUAAAACGUUUCGCUCUCGUCGUAUAUGGAUGAUAGCCGACUCGGUGCUACGCACCUCGUCGGCUAUCAGCUCAUAUACGACUCGAGCUCAUGGUAUAAUUAUUAAAUAUUUUUACUGUGCAGGUUUCCCUUCAAAGCAUGUUAUGCGGAACUGCGGCCAGUUCAUUUACUGAUGAAAUUCAAAAAUGGCAAAAACAACUUCAAACUAUUGAAGCGGUUCUAACAGUAUGGCUUGAAGUUCAGGACAAGUGGGUUGAACUGGAAGAUGUAAGUAUGUGAGCUCGUGAUACGAACAAAAUAAUGACAUCUUUUUUGUUUUUGCGGCGUGCUAUAGGCAACAAAUAUAUAGGGAGCUUUAUAAGAUGCACCAAAUCUGCGACGCGGACGCGACUAAAAAACAGUCGCUAAUAAUUGGAGACUAGUUUUACUUUGUUUUUCUCGUGUCCCUGGCUUUGUUUACCAACAACAAUCCAUAGUUUUUACCCAUGAGGCAGUUUUUCGUCACAUCCGCGACGUAGCUAGAUUUGGUGUAUCUUUUAAGAAAAUUUUUUUAACUUGGUGUAUCUUUUUUUUAUCUUUUGGUGUAUCUUUUUUUUAAUUUUUUAUCCUUAGUAUAUCUCGAACGGUCGGUGCCAGUGUAUAGGUAGACACGAUAACAGACUGUUGCGGUCUGAUAGACAUAUAGGUACAUUGAAGGAUCAGCUGAAAAAUAUAAGCUGAAUUUCGACGUUACGAGCGAAGAUGGAAGGUUUUGACUAACUCGAACGGUCCUGUGCCAGUGAUACCUGCGGAUUGAGAGAGAUACAACUACCUGAAACAUACAAGCAGAACGUCAACGUUCCGGGCGAAAGCCCUUCGUCGGGAAGUUAUAGCGUGGUUGCCCGACUCGCGCUACCAACUUGCCGACAAAGGGCCUUCUGUCGAAGUUCUGCUUGUAUUUUUAGGUGGUCAUAUCACUCUCAAUCGACAGGGCCGCCGAGAGAAUUCGCGGGGCCCGGGGCAAAUCUUCUCUGGGGGACCCUAUAUAUGACAUCGUCAUUUUUAAGCUAGACCCAAGUCACUCACCCAACUAAACCUUAGCUAAACUGCAUGCUCUGACCAAUUUAAAGAACCUACUCAAUUUUAGGCUUGCGCACUCAAGUUGGGGCCCUAUUAAGGUGGGUGCCCGGGGCAAUUUGCCCCCCCCCUCUCCAGCAGCCCUGCCAAUCAGCAGCGGUUCUGACUAACUCGUGUCAACAAAUAUAUAUCGAGUGAGAUGCUCCAUCACCUUAUAUAUAGCUAGUAUACACGAAAUUGAAUAUACAGGAUUCGAUUGAGGGCCUAUAGUUGCAAUUUUCUCAGUUCAUCCUGCAGGUCUAAAACGUAUAAUCAGACUCGAAACUUCCAUCUGCAAAAAUCUAUCAAUAAUUCUUUUUUAUUUAGAUAUAUGCAAGUUUCGAAGUUCGUAUUGCCUUGCCGCACGAGGCCAAUCUAUUUGCAGCAGUCAAUCGUGAUUUUCGAGUGUUAAUGAAAGCGACAGAGAGGAAUACAAAUGUCCUUCAGAGUUGCGCGAGAACUAGUAAGUAACCUAAGAAUGUUGAAAUAUUUUAGAACUAACAAUUAGGCUAAAAACUGCCAGGUACUUUACCAUUAAAAAAUACUCUUAUAUAAUUGGUAAAAGCCACAUCUUCCAUGCAUUUUUCAAGCACCAUUACAUUCUGACUAUAUCCACUUAUUUUAUACAUUUUGAACUUAAUUAUAUGUUAAUUCCCUUGCCCUUUUUGAACCGACAAUCUUGGCUAAAUGUUAAUGAACACCUAUAAAAAAUCAAUAAAACAGACAAAAUCCCCUCCCCCCUGCACAAUGUUGGACAUAGAUUCUAAAAAAAUGUGUACAAUAGUUCAUCGAUAGCAGAUAGCACUAUGUGUAGGUUUCUUGCUCAUCUUAAUCAACAUUGAAGGGGGGAAGGGGGGAAGAAUAAAUUAAAUUGUUAAUCAAACUGGUUGUUUCAUUAGUUUUUGCCAGGAUUGGAGUUAUUACUCAUCUCACUUCAAUUUUCAGUGCCGAGCGAACGUAAUUUGCUCCUACGUGUUUGCACAGGAUAUAUCUAUAGUUCCGCGGCUUGAUGUACUGUAUAAACACCGCAGCAGUUUUAAAGAAUUUUUUUCGCGAGAACUUAAAUAUAAAAUUAACUAGUAUAGAGUAUGCACAGACUGUGUUGAAGAAAACGAUGAGUAAGACAAAUGAGCGAUAUUUUAUUAUAAUAUGGUAUCUGUAAUGAUUAUAAAACGUGAAACGAUCUUAAUUCUAGCUAGUGCAUUACGACCUCGGUUAAAUUCUAAAUAUACUAAAAUAUAGUGACAACACCAGAAAUUAAAGUUGCAGAUUGAGAGGGAUUCAACUACCUUAAAAAUACAAGUAAAACUUCGACAUUUAGAGCGGAAGUACCUUCGUCGGGAAAUUAGUGGACUUACUAACCUAUAGUUUUACUUGUAUUUUCAAAACUCUUUUAUACUAUAAUAACAAUAUCCCAGGCCUUACUCCUAUAAUCACAAUGCACACAUAACUAAUCACAACAUCUCCCCCUUUCGGAGAAAUAAAUUAAACAUGCAUUGCAAUAAUACUUAAAUUAAAAUAUAGUGUCUAAUUACUGAAGUAGUUUGUAUUCACAGUUUGUAUUCAUACUGACAAUUAAAAUCAAGUGAGCUUGUACCCUUUUGUUUUACAUGAGAAUAAUUACAAUCCAUACAUAUUUAUAAUCAUAACAUCUCCCCUUUCAGAAAAUAAAUUAUAUAUAUAAACAUAUAGCCAGUGCAUACAGCCCUUUCGGAUAAAUAAAUUAAACAUAAUAUUACUAAUCAAAAUGUAGUUUCUGAUUACUGAAGUACAGUAGUUUGUAUUCACAGUUUGUUUUCAUACUGAAAAUCAAAAUCAAGUGAGCUUGUACCUUUUGUUUUACAUGAUAAUAAUUACAAUGCAUACAUAAUUAAUCAUAACAUCUCCCCCUUUCGGAGAAAUAAAUUAAAUAUAUAACAUUACCAACCAAAAUGUAGUCCCCAAUCACUGAAGCAAUGCGUACUCACAGUUCGUAUUCAUACUGAAAAUCAAAAUCAAGUAAGCUUGUACCCUUUUGUUUUCCUCCAACAUUCUCGACCAAGGAGAAGCUGACUAUACAUGAGAAUAAUUACAAUGCAUACAUAAUUAAUCAUACAUCUCCCCCUUUCGGAUAAAUAAAUUAAACAUAUAAUAUUAGUAAUCAAAAUGUAAGUUUCUAAUUGCUGAAAUAGUUUGUAUUCACAGUUUGUAUUAUACUGGAAAUCAAAAUCAAGUGAACUUGUACCUUUUGCUUUACAUGAGAAUAAUUACAAUGCAUACAUAAUUAAUCAUAACAUCUCCCCCUUUCGGAGAUAUAAAUUAAACAUAUAAUAUUACUAAUCAAAAUGUAGUUUCUAAUUACCGAAGCAGUUUGUAUUCACUGUUUGUAUUCAUACCGAAAAUCAAAAUCAAGUGAGCUUGUACCCUUUUGUUCUACAUGAGAAUAAUAACAGUGCAUACGUAAUUAAUCAUAACAUCUCCCCCUUUCGGAGAAAUAAAUUAAACAUGCAAAAAUACUAAUUAAAAUGUAGUUUCUAAUCACUGAAGUUUGUCCUGCUAGAAUUAAUUAAUAAAUUCAUAUUUAUUUAGGCUGUAAUGAACUUUGUGCCCGCCUAGAUUAUCUUUUGCUAUUUGCGGGCCAUAAAGAAAUUUGUAUAUAUUUUAGUGAAAAUAAAGUGUUGUUGUUGUUGUUGUUGUCAUUUAAAUUUAAAUUUAAGGUCAUAUUAAUAUGUCGUCAUCGUGAAAGCAAAGUGUCGGAAAUAUCGUACAAAGGCGUAGCGGCGAAAACUCCAGUCCAUAAAGCUGAAUUGUUCAAUGCGUUCUUUUCCUCUGUUUUUACCUCUCCUCGAUCAAACAUUGGUGAGGACACUGGCGACAAUUCACUUCCAAUAAGAACGGAACUAAAUCUAUCUGACAUCGCAUUUGGUGUGGACGAAGUUGCCAACUGUUUGCAUGGUCUGGGUACAUCGAAAGCAAGUGGCCAUAGUGGUUUACCGUCUAGGCUAUUGAAAGAAUGCGCCCAACAAAUAGCACCAAGUCUAUGUACCUUAUUCAACCAUUCACUGUAAUGUAGUCGAAUGCCAUUAGAAUGGAAAUCAGCGAACAUCACUCCACUGCACAUCAGCUGAAAGAAGCAGCAGAAAACUAUCGUCCCAUUUCUCUCCUUCCUAUAGUCAGCAAAGUUUUGGAACGUUGCGUGUAUUCCCAAUUUUACGAACACGUCUUUCAUCUCAUCACUCCACAUCAACACGGUUUUCUACGAAAUCGUUCCUGCGUUACACAAUUGCUCUCCGUGCUUCAUUCUAUAGGACAAAUACUUGAUAAGAAUGAACAGACUAACAUAGUAUACCUCGACAUCGCGAAAGCCUUUGAUUCCGUAGAUCACUCCAUUCUCCUUGAAGAACUCAAAUGCGACAGUAUGACGGGAAGGCUGUUAAAUUGGUUCGUUGAUUACCUGAACAAUCGUCGUCAGAGAGUCGUUGUGGACGGUGCUGCAUCCCAAUGGACCCCAGUUACAUCCGGAGUGCCGCAAGGUAGUAGCCUGGGUCCAAUGUUGUUCGUUAUUUUUAUCAACGAUGCUUCUGACGCCAUCAACAACGAAUUACAGACGACACCAAGCUUUACAAGAACAUAACACAGUGAGUGAAUGCAACAAACUUUAACAAACCUUGAUACUUGGAGUCAGGAUAACAACAUUAAAUUCAACGGGUCAAAGUGUAAAGUAUUGUCGAUGACGCGCAAGAAGGCCCCAAUUUCUUUUCCCUACCACCUCGGGUCGUAAGAGCUGUUGAGAGUUGACGACGAGAAAGACGUUGGCGUAACCUUCUCCAGCAAACUACAGUAGAACUUACAUAUCAACCAAAUGGUCUCGCAAGUGAACAGGCAGCUUGGUGUGCUUAAGAGGAUUUGCUACUCACUAACAGACGUCAACAUCCGACGUACAUUGUAUCUUUCGCUGGUGAAGUCGAAGCUCAGCUAUGCAACACAAGUUUGGUCGCCAACUCACAACAGACAACUCAGUGAAAGGAUUGAAAGAGUUCAACGAAGAGCCACGAAAUGGAUUCUAAGACCGGGGACUUGUGAAAUCCCAUACAAGCAACGCCUGUUGAAGUUGGAACUCUUACCACUCUCCUACGAUAGAGAGAUCUCGUAUUUUUCUUCAAGGCGUUGGUUACGUGGAUCUUAACAUUAACAAUUGCGUCUCUUUUAUUCAACAUGGACGUACUCGACUUGUCAAGCUAUUGGUGUAAUUCUUUAAACUCCCAUGUGCAGAACUGCUACGUUUCAAUCUUAUUUCAACCGUAUUGUCAAACCGUGGAACAGUGCAUGUCAAGAUGUCAAUCUAGAUACAUUUUCUAGCCCUAUCUCUUUCAAAAACUUUCUUAAACGCAGAUAUUUAGAACUUCUAUUCUACGCUCAGUAUAUGAUGUUGAACUAUCCUGUACUUGGUCCUUGGUUCGUGACUAUCCCUGUCACAGAGAACAUCGAAAAUAAAUGUGUGUUUUAAUAGUCUAUCUUUAAGCGUUUGUAUGUAACCUGUUUGUGUGUGUUUUGUCUGUGAGCGUGCGUGUGUACUAUGUGUAUAUAAUUGUACAUAUAAUAAUAUAAGUGGACGGCAGGUGAGUAGUAAUAUAGGGGCCGUUCGACCCGGAUUUUUGGGGCGGAGGAGGGGCGGAGGAGGGGUGGAGGAGGGGCGGAGGAGGGCAGGGCGGCGCAGCAUUAAAAAUUCAGGGCGGCGCAGCAUUAAAAAUUCAAGGUGGCGCAUUAUCAUUAGCAUAGAAUGAGGUGGCGCAUUAUCAUUGACAUACCUCCACACUAAUUAACAUACCUCCACAUUAAUUAAUUUGUGGCGGUGGCGUGUGGUGGUAACGUGUGGAGUGUGGUGGUGGCGCAUCAUCAUUAGCAUAGAAUGCGGUGGCGCAUCAUUAAAAGUUCCGGUCACUGUUAAUGUUGUUGCUAUGCAUUGCUGCUAGGUGCAGAAACCACAGCAAAUAAUAUAAAGUUUCUCAAAGAUAUAGCACACUGCUUAUGUUACUUUAAACCAAAUGGGGCAAAAACGAUGGUUUUCCAAGCAUAUUUUCAAAGUAAAGUUUAAAUAUAUAGAUUUUAUUGAUAGAAACGUAAAUAUUUUGAUGACAGCGUUGUCAGGUAACCCCACGCGUAUAACACUCAGGUUGAGGUAAUUAAGGGGAUUAAGGCAAUACGAAUUUGCAUAACCAAUAGGAUCCUAAUGGAUAUAAAUGGAUAUUAUUACAGGCGGUCGUGGACAUGUUCGGGCGAAGAGCCAAUAUUUUCGCUGAGCUCAACAAUUUUUUCGUGUCCCACGCCAUCAAAUGACAUUAGCUAGGCGUCCGUAUAAAUUUCGGGGGCGUUUAAUAUGGCCUAAUAUUCGAAUUGAGAGCCAUAAACUACAAUGUAUCUUGAACUAUUUUUGGUAUUGGGAACAAGAAGACGCAUUAGAGUUGAUUGCUGCAGCAUUAUUUAGCAAACCUCCUACAUACAUAUCUGCUGUUAAGAUGAUCGGUGAACGAUUCAAGAGUCAGAUCGUAUGAAAGCUUAUCAAGAAUACUUGAAGGAAAAAACUUUUAGAACAGUUGUAAUAUAUUUUGCCAUAAAAAAUGUUUUUAUCGAACAUGCGGGCGUUAUAUACGUUGCUAUGAGUUACCAGUCAUGGAUUAGCAACGCUUGGGUGCAUGCAUGUAUUAAUGUACAACAUAUUUGUACACUAAUCAGUCGGGCGGGUUAGGCAAAAGUUUGCACAAGAUUUCAGUUUUAAAAUACAUUUCUUCAAAACGUUUUACAAAAUGUAGUACGGUCUACUUCUAAGAGCGUAACGUUUAGGUGUUUUUGUUAUCUUUAAAGAGUUCUCAUAUUCUUGUCUGUCUUCAGGUGAUAAUAGCCGAAUUCAUAUUAGGGACGGGAAACUCGUCUUAGACGGGAAACUCGUCUGCGAAAACCCGUCUGAGUAUGAAUUUAGGGACGGGUAAAUUCGAAUUUAAGACGAGUUUCCCGUCUAGACGAGAUUCCCGUCUAACUUUCCCGUCUGUUUAGACGGGUAAGUUAGACGGGAAAGUUCAGACGGGAAACUCGUCUGCGCCUGGAUUCAUAUUAGACGAGUUUCCCGUUUGAGACGAGUUUCCCGUCUAAGACGAGUUUCCCGUCUCUAAUAUGAAUUCGGCUAAUCUUGCAACAUCUUCAUGCUUCAUUGGAAUAUAUUUCGGUCUUUCGUUUAGUAAAAAACGUUCAUAACGCUCUCUUUCCUUCGGUUCCAUCAUAGCCAAGUCACUUUUUUUCCAAUCAGCAGAAUCUACCCAAUUGUGAAAAAAGUUGCGCUUGAGUUUUGGUCGUUCCUCCUUUGUUAGUGGUGGCGUAAGGAAAUUAGGUUUAGGAGUAGCAGGCACUGGUGAUGUUAUUUCCGCUGGUACAGAAGUAGGAGGCACUUGUGGUGUUAUCUCAGCAGAUACAGGAGUAGGAGACACCAGUGAAGUUCUAUGAACAGGAGCUUCGUGAUAGUGAGCCGGGACAUCCAUCUUAUUUUUGAAUGUCAGAAACCGAUUUAGUUGAUCAGAAUAUAAUUUGCUUUUUUCCACAGUGGUAAGCUGUGGUGCUUCCAUGAUUUCUUUCAUUCUCUGUUCGGCAUCAUACAUUGUAUUUACAAGUGGUGGUUGUUGAUACGACUUUUUUCGUACAUACUCGACUAACGCGUCAGCUUCGCCUGGUAGUAUGUUGGUCUUAAGUCGUUGAUGCUCGUCUGUUGUUGGCUUUAAUAAAUCCAACAUCAAGUACCCAUGAGGUCGGCUUGUGGCAUCUUCAUAACUCCUCAUAAACUCUUCCAGGAUUUACUUGUCUGGCAAGCAUAGAAAUUUGCUGUUUAUCUCUUGGUGACUUGAACAACACGAUAUAAUGCGCAUUAAGGCUGAUAUUUCUCAUUUCUUUGCCCUGAUGAAAUAUGUUUUGGACAAUAUAGAUGAUAGACAAAUUUCGAUGAUGGCUUCCUUUGGUAAAAAGAUCAGAAAUACGUUUAUCUUUACCAGAUUGAGCCAUAAGGUCGUCCAAUACGAUCAAAUUCCGUUGAGAUACGUCCAAGUAGUCUGCGUUGUCGAUAUCGUCCGGGAUGCCUUGAUUAAACUCGAUUCCAGGCAUCGUCCUCAUCAUGUCAAAAUAAGAUGGUUGCCAUUGACCAUAACACCAGAUGAUACGUUGAGGAGGUGGACUUAUACUAUGAAGACUAUAGUCAUGACUAUGAAGACUGUGGUGAUGACUAUUAAGACUAUUGUCAUGACUAUUAAGACUAUAGUCAUGACUAUUAAGACUAUAUUCAUGACUAUGAAGACUAUAGAAAAGACUGUUAAGACUAUAGUAAAGACUACUAAGACUAUAGUCGUGACUAUUAAGAUUAUAGUCAUGACUAUUAAGACUAUGGUAGACUACUAAGACUAUAGUCAUGACUAUUAAGACCAUAGUUAUGACUAUUAAGACUAUGGUGAAGACUAUUAAGAUUAUAGUCAUGACUAUUAAGACUAUAGUCAUGACUAUUAAGACUAUGGUGAUGACUAUUUAAGACUAUUGUCAUGACUAUUAAGACUAUAGUCAUGACUAUUAAGACUAUAGUCAUGACUAUGAAGACUAUAGUAAAGACUAUUAAGACUAUAGUCUAGGCCUAGUUCUAUAGAGGGAGAGCCGAUCCUUAUAUAUGUGUUAUUUCCAACUAAGUCUUCAUUCCAUUGUUGACCGCCGAACAGAGAUGACUAGCAGUUAUAUCAAACACAGACCGUUUGUGGAGCUCUUGUGUAUUUCUCAUCCAAUUCAACAGCAAGCUCUGUUGAAUUCUGCAUCUCAUGAACAGAUUCGCUUUCUAUGUAAUUGCUUGGAAAACUUUACAUAUCCUAAAGAAACAUUGAACAAACUUGGACCAUUUAAAGACGAUCUCGCUGACUUAGUGGACAGAAGUAGGAAUUUUAGAAAGAAAAGGAAAAUUCUUGUUCGGGAGAGGUUUUAUAGGAUUGGUACUUGUGCCACUUUUAGAGGGCCUUGCAGAAUUAGUGUAAAAUAAUCAUCAUUAAUUCACAUGGUCAUUCCAACCAUGGACAGCAAGGAAAGAUCAUCUCCGAGACAUUGGCGCGUUGAAGAUAUAAUUGGACACUUAAACGAUAAUGUUGAUAAAAACAAUGCUAGAACUUCUUCACUUCUUCUUUCAUUGUUUUUCCUUGAACGCUCCCGAAAUUUAUACGGACGCCUAGCUAUUGUCAUUUGAUGGCGUGGGACGCGAAAAAUUGCUGAGCUCAGCGAAAGUAUUGACUCUUCGCCCGAACAUGCCCACGACCUCCCGUAAUAAUAUCCAUUUAUAUCCAUUAGGAUCCUAUUGGUUAUGCAAAUUCGUAUUGCCUUAAUCCCCUUAAUUACCUCAACCUUUGUGUUAUACGCGUGGAGAUUACCUGACAACGCUGUCAUCAGAAUAUUUACGUUUCUAUCAAUAAAAUCUAUAUAUUUAAAACUUUACUUUGAAAAUAUGCUUGGAAAACCAUCGUUUUUGCCCCAUUUGGUUUAAAGUAACAUAAGCAGUGUGCUAUAUCUUUGAGAAACUUUAUAUUAUUUGCUGUGGUUUCUGUACCUAGCAGCAACGCAUAGCAACAACGCAUAGCAACAACAUUAACAGUGACCUGAAUUUUUAAUGAUGCGCCACCACCACACUCCACACUUCACCACCACACGCCACCACCACAAAUUAAUUAAUGUGGAGGUAUGUCAAUUAAUGUGGAGGUAUGUUAAUGAUAAUGCGCCACCUCAUUCUAUGCUAAUGGUGAUGCCACACUCCGCCCCUCCUCCGCCCCAAGUCCGGUGCUUUGUAACGAAUCGGAUAUAAAAUUUUCCUCCGCCCCUCCUCCGCCCCAAGUCCGGUGCUUUGUAACGAAUCGGAUAUAAAAUUUUGCGUUAAGUCAUAUAUAGGCUAACUGCAUGGGCCAGCGCGUUCAUGCAGGAAGCAUUAGAAUUCUCAAAAUUUUGACAAUGACAAUGUUUCUAGGACUUUAAUCCCCCUUUUGUUUAUCAGGAACGAUGUCUGAUUUCAUUGGACCUUUCCCCUUAUAACUAAAAUUUUGAUCUAGACAAAAAAUUCAUCACAACUUGAAAGAGCAUCACAAAAUUAGUAAUAUUCCAAAGUUUCGUUGCGAAAUGUUGUAAAAUGCGGAUAAUAUAGCCUUGCGAAAUUUGCCGUUUUUCAGUCAUUUUGUAUUGACAGUCCAAUCGGGUGUUGGGGCAUCCAUUUCGCGUUUGUAAUAUAAAAUGACUGAAAAUUGCAAAUUUCGCAGGGCUAUAUUAUCCGCAUUUUACAACAUUUCGCAACGAAACUUUGGAAUAUUACUAAUUUUGUGAUGCUCUUUCAAGCUGUGAUGAAAUUUUUGUCUAGACUUGUCUAGAUCAAAAUUUUAGUUAUAAGGGGAAAGGUCUAUUAAAGUUCCAAAUAUACGUUUUCGGUUAUCGUUACUUCUGGCGAACUCAUUUGCAACCUCAACUAAUUUUAUUGUUUGUUCGAGUACGGGAGAAUACUACAGUGCCCGAGGCUCUUGGUUCAUAUAGUCAUAUUCUAGGUAUAUAGUGUGUCAAAUUGUACAUCGUGUGAAAACUUCCUAUAUAAACUCUGGCAAUAUUAUUUGUUUAGUAAAUCUUUAAUUGUAGUAGAUAUUUUGUACAGAUAGAAUGAAUACGAAAUUUUGCUACUUAAAAAACAAUAGCACAGUACAAUUUCUGCAGGGGAAGGUAGUAUUCACUAUUCUUGCACACGCAAGGCUUGAACUAGAAAAUACAUGCAUGCAGAAACCCUCGCCUUGCUGACAAAACCAUUAUAUUUUCCGAACAUGAAGUAUCUAUAGCAGUUGUUAUGGUAACACGAUAAUUUUUUAAGAAUAUUCUUACAAAUGAAAAAUCGCCUAAAAAUAUCACUUUUAAAUUAAUUACAAAAUGAUCAAUUUCCCAACAUAUAUAUGCUAGGUAUGGUAUUAUACGUAAUAUAAGCUUCAAUAUAAGGUAAAAUUCAACCACAAACGCUUCGCAAAACGUUUUAAAGUGUUCUUUAUAAAACUAUAAAACUGCCUUUAAUUGAAUGGCUUUAUCGAUAAACUUUGAGUUUGCAAUAAAAUUAUUUCAAAUUCUCGCAUGCAAAUAACUUUGCUUUCUUUUUUAUUUAUUUAAAAAAUCAAUAUAAUAAAAAAGGGAAUCAAUAUUAAAGAUACAAUGAAAUUAUAUGCUGUCUUGUUUAGUUGUUUCAUAUACGCAAAGGCCGUCGGGUUUUAAAGCAAUUCAGUAUAAAAUCAAUAUUUAAAACAAACUUAGCUUCGUUAACGUCGGCUCUCUUCUUUUAACCGAUUCUUUCGCCCUUUCUUUCUUGAAAUUUACAAAAUCUUGCAAAAAUGCGAGCAACAAUGAAAUAUAUUUGCAAGAAAUUUAUCAAUCAUCAAAUCAAGAAAUGUUUGCUAUUUCGCUGUCGUCAUGCAGUCGUUAUAAUGCAAACUUUAAAUUGGACCAAUCACAGUGUUCGCUAUUCAUGACAGCCCGCCAUAUUUUUGAGAUCAGUGAGGAUGACCACCCACGCACAGUGACCCACGCCCGCGAUAUUUGAUGAACUUUAGACUUCGCUAAUGCUUUCGUUUCCCCGGGUGUAAAUAGCCGGGGGGAAUUAGUACCCUCGCACGGCGCUCGGCUCGGGGAUUAAAGUUUGCAAUCAUUGUUCUCUAUUUUGAUGUAGACAUACAAGCGAAACUAGAAAAGAUGCAAAGCAACUUACAGCAGUGUUGGAAAUCACUGCUUGCUCUUCUGGAUAGAAGACAGCAAAAAUUCCCAAGGUUCUAUUUCCUCUCUACUGAAGAUGUUCUUCAUGUUGUUUGUAGCGGUACGUUUAAUUUACUUGUAUAAGGGCUGUAUAUGGAGGCCCCACCCAAGUAUGUCAUAAAUCUUUCAUUCAGCAUUGUUAAAAUGUUGCAAUUUGAUAGAAAAAUAAUUAGGAAUUGAAAAGGAAUUCUAUUCUUCUCUGAAUGACUACUUUAUUAUACAAAAAAAAUCACACUUUCCGUGAAUAUGCAGACACAUACAUACUGUAUAAUUACUUUUGUUGACCUUCUAAAGUGUAUGUUUAUGCUAUAUGAACAAUGUAUAAAUCCGUGCAUGGAUGUUGGUAUCACAGCGAUUACAGGGGUUAGAAAUGCUCUAGGAAUGUCGUACGAGGUCGUACGUUAAUUCCACAACGAGGUUGGCGUCCGUUUCAUUGAUGUCAGCGUACGAUUUUCUAAACUAGUUUUAUCCAUGUUCUCUGUUGUGUCGCAGUUCUAUAAACUGUGGUUGUUUUUAUUUCCUGUAUUUAGGAAAUAAAAAGUAUGAGAAGACGAGCCUUAUUUCAAGUGCAAUUUUCACAACCUGAAAUGUUCGGAAUGGACUUGUUUUAGUAUGAAACUCUGGGACCAGUUUUGCCAAACACUUGUGGGUACAAUCAUAUACGUCCGUACUCCUAUUUUUUAACCCCUGUGAUUAGCCUGCAUGUACAGUAUAUUUCGCUUCCGCUCUUUGGAUUUAAUUCCUGUAAUAUACAGUUCCAUUAUCACAAUUUCGUCCUAAACACCUCUGGUUUUUUCAUGAGGACCGCGGUUUCCUUCCUGGAAUACAGUUUUUGGCCAAUACCUUCUAUAUAAUAAUAAGUCUGUUUAAAAAGCUUGCACAAUUUUGAAGCCCUCCUUUUUCAAAAUAUUGUUUUGUACCAUAAUUAUAAUUAUUUAAUAAAUUGAAUAUAUAAAUUGUUAUGUCUGUAGUGCAUGUAAUAUUGUUUUGUCUUUAUUGCCUGUAUUUUGUAUAGCCCCCCAUAAAGUUGUUGGUGCCAGCGUGUCUAAAUAAAUGUUAUGUAUGUAUGUAAUCUUUGUAGAAUACAGUUUAGACCGAACUGACAUUGCUAUCCAUUAUGCGAAAUAUCAAUUAUUCAUAACUUUUAAAUACAUUUCUUCCUAUAACGAUCAUGUAGGUCAUCACCCAGCACUUGUCAAUCCAUAUAUAUCCAAAGUUUACGAGAACAUCGUUGAGCUUCAGUAUAAGACUGUUAUUGAGGAGAACCUGUCAGCCUAUCACGUCUUGGGUGUGGUUAGCAAAAUGGACGAACCUGUUGAUUUUCCAGAGGUAAUGGAACUAGAAACACAUUAAAUGCAAUUACACUGGCCCACUGGACAUCAUUCUUACAAAAAUUUUACAAAAUUGAUUUAUGUGAAUGUACAUACAUAGAUUAUAAUAUAUAUUUUUCUUUUUCCCCAGUGGCUUCGUUUCGAAGUCUCCUUCAUUUACUACCCCUUUAGCUACUACCCUUGUAUAGCUUCGUCUAGUCUUCUAUGAUUGAUGUUUGAAAAACCCCGAGUGAUAUCCAUUGUUUACUUAAUAAUAAUAAUUCUUGACUUCUCAGGCCAUUGUAUGCGACAGUACUAUCGAAAAUUGGUUGCAAGAAGUGGAGAAAUCGCUGAGGACCGUUUUGAAUGGGCAGUUGACGAAUGUUAUCAACAAAUUUGGUGAUACAUAUUGGCAGUCGUUAAACAGCGCUGAUGGUGACAUUGAAAAAACAUGGAUGCUUGAGAAUGCUGCUGAAAUUGUGCUGCUAGUUACUCAUGUUGAUCUCAAUUCAAACAUCGAACGCUGUUUAACAGAAACUGACCAGGAACAAUGGAACUCUUUAAAAGAACUAUCAAAGAAAAUUAAAGCGACGAUUGCAGCAACGAGUCGUAUGUUAAAAACAAGUGAUGUUACCUCAAUCCCUGCAAAGAGUACUGUGAUAAACAAAAGUAGUUUAAGCGCUCGUGGUCGAGGUAGUCGUCCAUCUACAAGAGGUGAAAUUCGGUCUUUGUAUUCAGCAGAUGGUAGUCAAAGACCAAUAACCCAGGGUGGAACACCUUACCACAACGGCAACAGCGAUAAAGCUAGUCUUGCUUAUCAAUAUCAGAAAUUGGUUAAUCUUAUAACAUUACUUGUGCAUAAGCGAGACGUUAUUCAAAAACUUCUGAGUUUAUUGUCCAAGGGAUUUACAGGACUUACACAGUCGUUCGAGUGGUCUUCUCAGGUGAAGUACGAGUACUCGAAAGAAGACGAUUCCCUGUCGGUGAAGAUCUUAGAUGCAUGUUUUUCAUACGGUAUGGAGUAUCAAGGUGCUUGUCCCAGACUGGUACUCACGCCCACGACAGACAAAUGUUUCGUCAGUUUGGCACAAGCAGUUAAGUGUCACAUGGUGGGAAUGUGCGUUGGUCCGUCGGUGAGUUAAUUAAUGCCUUCAACCAAUUUCAACUUAUUUGUCGACUACAUGCCACAAGAUAAAAUAAAAACCUCGGUAAUUAAGGUUGAAAACGAAAUAUAUUUGUAUAAUUUGUGUAAUGAUGGUCCAAUGAGUGACAUAAAGGUUUUAUUCUGCUAAAUUACACAGUAGAAUUUAUCGUAUUUUAUCUCAUAGUCAUAUUUAUUUGUUCAUUAGUGUUUUCGCAACGUCUGAGCGUAUUCGUGUUAAGAUCGUAGACGAUUGAGAUAUGUGUGAACGCGGAUUCUUUUCGUAAUAAAUUAAUGAUCUUUCAGAGUAGUAUCUCUUCCUCUGUGCCGAACACAUACUCUUAUACGACCAUGAGCUUUUUUCUUUCCUUUCUACGCAGGGUUCUGGCAAGAAUGAAACUAUCCGCGAUUUUGCGCGAGUGUGUGGACAGCCGUUUUACCCAUUUACAUGUGCGACGACGAUGGAUCAAAUGUUCUUAACUGGGGUGUUUAAGGGAUUGGCCUUGACAGGUAAGUACGACAAUUUUGUAACUUUACGCCCAAUUAAAUCUUGGAAAAUCAGUUCAGAUUUUGAACCAGUUCAAAGUUGAUGAGAGUACGUGAGAGUCAAUGAGAAUUGGCGAUCAAACACGAGCGAGAGUUGCAACUCUUACAUUUACACUCGAAAUUUCCAUCUACAAAAACCCUCCAACAUUUGGUAAUGUCGAGUGAGAUGCCCAGAAUCCUGAUAUUAGCCAAAUGCAAAAUUGCUGUUCAUCGAGACAGGUCGGAUGAAAGAACAGAAUUUUUAAUGAACGACCCAAAUUAAUGUCUCGGUCAAACGAAGAUGAGAGUUGAUGAGCCUAAUCAGGAGCAGCUGCGAAAAAUGUAACUAAGUAUAUACUAGAAAAUACAUGCAUGCAAAAACCCUAGCCUUGCUGACAAAACCAUUGUAUUUUCCGAACAUGAAGUAUCUAAAUUAGUUGUCAUGGUAACACGAUAAUUUUUUAAGAAUAUUCUUACAAAUGAAAAAUCGCCUAAAAAUAUCACUUUUAAUUACAAAAUUAUCAAUUUCCCAACAUAUAUAUAUGUUAGGUAUGAUAUUAUACGUAAUAUAAGCUUCAAUUUAAGGUAAAAUUCAACCACAAACGCUUCGCAAAACGUUUUAAAGUGUUCUUUAUAAAACUAAACUGCCUUUAAUUAAAUGGCUUUAUCGAUAAACUUUGAGUUUGCAAUAAAAUGAUUUCAAAUUCUCGCAUGCAAAUAACUUUGCUUUCUUUUUUAUUUAAAAAAUUCAAUAUAAUAAGAAAAGGGAAUCAAUACUAAAGAUACACUGAAAUUAUAUGCUGUCUUGUGUAGUUGUUUCAUAUACGCAAAGGCCGUCGGGUUUUAAAGCAAUUAUAAUUAUAAAAUCAAUGUUAAAACAAAGUUACCUUCGUUAACGUCGGCUCCCUUCUUUUAGCCGAUUCUUUCGCCCUUUCUUGAAAUUUACAAAAUCUUGCAAAAAUGCGAGCAAAAAAUGAAAUAUAUUUGCAAGAAAUUUAUCAAUCAUCAAAUCAAGAAAUGUUUGCUUUUUCGCUGUCGUCAUGCAGUCGUUAUAAUACAAACUUUAAAUUGGACCAAUAACAGUGUUCGCUAUUCAUGACAGUCCGCCAUAUUUUUGAGAUCAGUGAGGAUGACCACCCACGCACAGUGAGCCACGCCCGCGAUCAUUGGUGAACUUUAGACUUCGCUAAUGCUUUCAUUUCCCCGGGUGUAAAUAGCCGGAGGGAAUUAGUACCCUCGCACGGCGCUUCGCGCCGUCGGCCCGGCGACAAUAGGUUGCUGGCAGCUCUGCGACUCCCGUGCAGCACUAAAACCAAUUAAGCUACAGAGUGCAGUUGUCGAGCCUUAACCACAAGUUCAUGUAUAUAAUAUUAAGGUAAUGCCGGUGGAAGAUUAAUGGGUAAAGUAUCAGGAUUUUGGGUAUCUCACUCGAUAUAAAAUGUUGAAGAGUUUUUGUAGUCUUGCAGAUUGAAAAUAAUAUGUCGCUGUUUGGUCAUGCUUAAAGCAGAAAGGUUUCAGCGGUUUUAGUUUAAUUCUUCCCUAUUAAUUUCUUCCAUGCUAAUUUCCCAACUAUCUUGUAGCAUCGGUAUUACCCUUAUAUAUUUAUCCGUUAGUUUCUAUAACUACAAAAAAACCUUGCAGUUUAUUACUACCAACACACGUCUUCCAAUACGUUGAGAGAUAAUAAUUAUUUUCUUCCUAGGAGCUUGGAUUUGUUUUGGAAAGAUAAAUGUUAUGGACAAGAGCAUAUUAUCAGUGGUUGUUCAGCUUAUCCAAAGAGUGAUGGACAGUCUAAAUGUACAAAAGUCCUCUGUACUUGUUGAGAAUGAAGAUGUUAACUUAAUACCGACUGCUGCUUGUUUUGCUACAAUGACUCCUACUGGAUCACCAAACGACCCAUUUAAACGGUCAUUUGAUUAUUUUUCAUCUGUACCAUCGGCUUUGUCGGAGCUGCCGAGUGACCUUGUGAAAAGGUUGCGUUCUGUGUCGUUUACACGCCCCGAUACUCGCAUCAUAUCUGAAGUAUUUCUUGUAGCUAACGGAUUUACCACGGCUCUGGAGCUUUCUGAGGCGAUGUUUAGACUUCAGGGUCUAUGCGAGACGUUUAUUCCGUCCUUUGGUGGCGUGAACAGACAGCUUCAAAAUCUGCCAGCAUGCAUGGCAAAAGGUUCCGGCUGGAGUAUAUUGUGUGUAAAGAAGAUCAUUAAUGAUGCUGCAAAUAAUUUAUACGAGAACGGAUUUUCUGAAAUCAACCAUGUGGGUGGUGAUGCAGAAGUGCUGGAAAUUCCGGGCUCUGCUGGGGAAGUUCAGGUGGCGGAAGAUGGUCAAGGUUUGUAUUAAAAUUGUAUCUAAACAAUGUUGUGUUGAUGUAUGAUAGAUAUAGGGGACGGUAGUGUGAUGCUAAAUCUUCAAAUCGGAAUGUCGCAUUCGUUUUAGAAUUAAUACGCAUAUUGAAGUUGAUUUCAUUAUUUACCUAGUUUUGGCAACAUACAGUUUACAGUAAGACCAACACAUUUCGUACCUGCCAGAAAUGUACGCUUAAAACUGUGUGCUUAAUAAUGACAAUGAUAAUUUGGGGUCGGUGUUUUGUGUCCGCUCAAAAGGUGUAUGCGCUACGAGAGGUUCGUUCAGCUUUACAGUUUCCAGAUUGAGCGAGGUUUCCCAUUGCAUUCAUUCCAAAUCAAUAAUCAGCAACCGAAAUAUGCCUAGCUGUAGUCGCCUGGCAUUGGCCAAGUUUUUAUUUCACUAAUUGGCUGAUUAGUUUAAUCAGCCAAUUAGCGUAAGCUACACAUGCAAUUUCAGCAGGGUUGUGUUUUACGUAUAUACAGUAUUUUAAUUAAUUUGAUGAGAAUGCAUCACUGAGUACGACAUCUUUUUUCAAUUGUAGCUUCAGAGAGUCAGUCUGGGGGAUCGGCAAAACAGACACCGGCCGUGAUCGACGCCUCUCGAUUACAGCAGCUUGAAGAGAGUGCACUUGUUGAAGCUAUUGGGGAUACAUUCGUCCCAGGAUUAUCCUUGUCAGACGCUGUUAUCUUUGCCACCCUGAUCGUUGAUGUGUUUGAAGCUGCAAAUGCCGAAACGAUAUUCCAGAAUGGUAUCCAGCAACAAACCUCUGUUUCAAACGAGUCUGAACAGGUUUCUACCAAACCGGCUCAGCUAUCCGUACCAUCAAGUCACGAAGAAGGUAAUUCUGAUUAUUUCCAUUCCUCCAUUAUUCUAGAAAAGCAAGAGACGUUGGUGUGGUGUAAGAUCAAAGUUCUUAAUAAAUAUGAUAAAUCUGCCCAUACAAGCCAGCCAAAUCAUACUAGACCAAUCGAAGCCAUGCCGUACCUAAUUGCCCACGCAGAUGAUUCCAUUGUUUCAUUGUAACAUCCUGCUUCACACUGAUACAUGCUUCUGUAGCAUUUCUGUAACAUUUCAUUUUGCUUCAGUGAUGGAAGAUGAACCUUCGGCAAUCAGUGUGGCUAUGACAACGCUGGGUCUACAACCAGGAGUCGCAUUUGAAGCUAAAGUGGCUCAGUUGGCUCAACUUGUUGCUACGCAUAAAACAGUAUGUUUAUUGAAUUUUCUGCGUGAAAAGGUUCGAUCUCACUGUCAAUUCGAUGGGACCCAAGAGCCCAUGCAAGGAUAUCAUUAAACUAAUUGGUUUAUGCUAUAAAAUAUUCUGUGAUUAUUUUAGCAUUAUCCCAUAUAAACACAUUAAGUACAGUGUGAAAUUGUAAUUUAAAGACUCCAUCAAAGGGAGUUUCAGCUUCACCGUUAAAUCGUCAAACGUAAAAUUCUUUAGGCAAACGGUUGUGUUUAAAAAAUAUAGUGUUAAAUUAAUUUUGUAGAUGUGAGUAAGAAAUUGCGAGGAAACAAAGAGAAAUGAAAAUUAGAAAUUAGGCAUUCCUGCCUAUAACCUGAAGCUUAUGCUCCCUAACCUAACUUUUUGCACUGCAAACCUUUGCUUAUACAAUAUGUCAAAAUGUCUAUAUGUUGAUAUGUCUAUAUGUUGAUACUGACUAUAGUGUGCAUUUUAGGCGGGCUAUGUUGCCAUUAAAACACGUUCAGGGUGAGGCAGAAUAUGUUUUAGGAACUCUGUGCUUAUAUGAGACGGUUUGGCCUGAAUUUCCGAACUGAUAGUGUCCUGCUUGUCAUAUUUAGCUUUAGCCUUUAAUAUUAUUAUUAGCCAAUCAGUAACCUGUAAUUGCUUCAGCGUAUGAUAAUGUUAUUGCCUGUAAUUUAUAGUUCCAUUUUGUUUUGAAAGGUCGCCGUAGUAGGACCCUUUGGUAGUGGCAAGACAGAAUGCAUCAAAACCGUCGCUACAGCUCACAGAGAAAUGGGACGGAUUUUACGCAGAGACAUCAUAUGCACUGGAGCUCUCGAGUCCUUUGAACUCAUGGGAUAUUACGAUUCUAAUACGAGGUGAUAAUUCAAAAUUGCUACCUUGUUAUGAUAUCAACUAAAAUAAUUCUAAUACAGACGUUCUGUAUUUUAUGCUUAACAAAUAUAAAACUUUUUGCGUGUGGAUAUACAGUUAUAUCAACACGAGUGGAAAGUGGAAAAACGAGAAAUUGUGUGGAAACACGAUACCCGAAGGGCGGAGUGUUUUCACACAAUUUCGAGUUUUCCCAAUUUCCACGAGUGUUGAUAUAACUGUGUAUAUCAAUACGGAAAAAUGUUUUAUAUUUUUUUUAUAAUAUAGCACGAAGAAAUAUAAAGAAAUUUUCGGUGUUGACAUUGAGUUAUAUCAACGUGGGUCUUAGCCAAUCAGCGUUCAGAAUUUACAAUUAGGGACAGGUUUAAAUAGUCAUUUACCAUAGCUGGAAAACGUCCGCUGCCAGGAAUUUUUUUAAAACAUCUCAGGGCAUUUUUACAUCUUGCACGGAAUUUUGGCAUCAUAUAGAUAUUGGAAUGCCAUCAAUGUUAAAAUUCAAGUUCACGACCGUGGGCACCGCUGCAUGCACUUUCUUUUUGGUCAGGCAGUUUUAGGCCUCUUAGUAACUAGUUUUUUUUAAACCAAAGUUCUCCCCCAAUAGACAUGCCUGCGGAGGAGGCUAUUGUUUGGUCAACUAUAUAAAUUCUUUUUCUGAGGAACAUAAGAAAAUACAUUAAUCUCACCAGGAUGUUCUUGAUUGACUUAUUAUAAUUGGUAUAGUUGUAACAUAAUGUGAUAUAACUGUUGUAUUCUGCGAUUAAAAAGUGAUUUCCCCUGAAUUUGCUUUUGGUUGACUCUCGCGAAAGAUCAUGACCUCUCGCUGACAAUUUAUGGCAAUGCAAUGUCAUGUAAUGUAGGACACUAAUAAUUUCUAAUAUACUACUUGCAGUGAAUGGAAGGAUGGACUCGUACCUCGUAUAUUACGGAAACAUGCUCAACAGUUGAAGACAAGUGAACUAUUUUCAGGAGUUAAGCCAACACCAUUUGCCAAAUGGAUUCAUCUGGAUGGAAUUGUAAGUCAGUUUAGUAAUCGGCAAUAUUGGUUCCAGGAUUGUUUUUUUAAGCUACUGGAUUAUUAGACAUCUAACUAAAUUAUAUUUUAUACAAAACAAGUCUUUUUCUGCCCACCUAACAUAGUUGAACUCUUUUAUCGAAGCACAGAAAAUGAGAAAAUUAAAAUUAUAUGAUGUGAUAUUUUGGUUUUGCAAGUAUAGAUAUAAAAGGUCCAACAUACAAUUAGGUAUAAUAAAAGAAAAGCAGUAUUCACAACCUUGCAUGUAGUAUUAAAUGUAAGAGGAAAUAUUCUGUAAAGACAAAUUUCCCAACCGUUAUUGAGUGUAAUUUUUAUUUUCUGGCUUUAGAGACUGUUUUUACGGACUGUCUGCGCAACAGCGCAGGCAAAACAUGUAUGAAACUAACGUUUGGAAAAAUUGCCUUAACACAACGUUCUUUUAUAGUUUGUACUUAUUCAAUAUACUCAUAGCAUUUAUAAUGUACACAUUGGGAUCACAAAAGUUCUGUAAUGCCGAAAUAUAGACCAUGAAUAUUGUAUCCUAUGUUGUCUCAAAUAAAUCCAUGUACCCAAAUUGGGGUAGUUUUGUUUUAGUUUCUGUAGUUGUCAUCUUGCUUGACUAUUGAUUGUUUUCUAUUCAGAUCGACUCAGUUCAGGGCGAAGCAUUUGAUACGAUGAUUCAGAACAAUGGUACUGUAGUAUUUCAAAGUGGUGAGAGGAUUAGAAUUCCUGCUACCCUUGAGAUCAUCUGGGAGGUAAAUUUUUCGUUGUUAACUUUUAUUUUAAUAUAGCAUUUGUAAAUUCUGAACUCUGAUUGGCUAAGAGCCGUGCUAAUAUAACUAAAUGUCAAUGUUUUUUCACGUACGGCCAAAUAAAUUUUCACGAUCUUGUUAAAAACACCAAUUUACAGAAUCGUGAAUAGAGAAAUAUUUGGAGACGUUUUCAUGCAAUUUACCAUUAUUUAGCCAUAUCGCCAUAAUUAAAGCACGUAUAGGUUAAUAACCUGAAAAACGGAUCACAUGCAUGCAUGGUUUUUUAAGUAAAAAAAUAUGUGUGAGUGAGAUGUUGAAGAUCAUAUUACCAUUUUUUUACUCAAAACACAAUAUUAUUGUAUCUGUUUUUCAAGCUUAUUACUCAAUAAGUGCUUUUAUUCUUGUAGCUGUAAUUAUGUGACGUCAUCAUCAAAGAGGUCUAUUGUUUGAUUGAAUGGGAAUGGGCGAUCUGUAUUUUUAUAUUAAACCGACAGUAAACAUAACAGACCCGUAUUUAAUUAUUAGUAUUUCUUUAUUUUCCUAUCGAUCUGGACCAAACUCAGAAUUGUAUUUCUUGCUAAACCCACAGUAAACUUAUAGGGAUAUCUGUUCAGUCAUUUACCAAACUUUCUAAUACAGAUUGAAGACUUGAAGCACGUGAAUCCAGCAACGGUGUGCCAAAUUGGUUUGCUGUGCAUGACCAAGGAGGAUGUCGGCUGGCAACUAUUGAUCAACAGAUGGAUCAGUAAGAAACAAGAACGUGAAGCAGAACUACUUCGCUCCUUAUGCGAUCGUUAUAUUGGGCCAACCUUAGCAUUUCUCUCUGCUAGUACGUCCGUACCACCGCGACCUGGUGCCGCACCUACCAGGACAAAGUAUAAAGCUUUAGAACAUGCCGUGUUUAUCUCAGAGAUAAAUAUGGUUGAGACGUUGAUUGCUUUGGUUGAGGUAAAUGCAGUUUUAGUUAAAUUAGAACACAUUCACUUAUAUGUGUUUUUAAAUUAGAACACAUUCACUUAUGCUGUGUGAUGUUACUCUGAGUGUAUAUCCACACCGGGCGGGCUUGAAAAAUAUGCCUUGCCACGGUGGGAUAUACACUCAGAGUAACAUCACACAGCAUCUUAUUCACCUGAGUAUACAUUACACCAACACAGCAAAUAUCACAUUCACUUAUAUUUGUUCGUGAUGCCCUCCCUGAAAUUUCAGACAAGUCAUUAAUAUUAGCAAUUUAUCUCUAUCUCCAUAUCGUAGGCCUCAGUUUCCCAUCAUCCAGAUUUAAUGUCAGUUGAGUACGAGAACUAUUUCAAUUUUGCCGCAAUUUGGGCUUUUGGUGGUACUUUGAUAGAAAGUCAUCGCGUCCAUUUCAGUCAAUGGUGGAAAAAUCAAUGGAAAGAUUUUAUAAUGCUUCCAGGAAAUGGAGAGGUUUGUACAUACUACGACCAUAAUUUUCGUUGAGUAGUAUUACUGUUGAAGCUAUUGUAGAGUUUUGCACUGCGCCGUAUCAUAAAUUUACAUGUUUUACGGUUAUUAGUUGGGGCUUCGGUGGCGCAGUCGUCAAACCAAGCGCCUUUCACCUCUGAGUUCGUGGGUUCGAUUCUCGCUACGGACUCAUGUGAAAAGAGUUCUGCCGAAAGUCGUGGGUUUUCUCCGGGUGCUCCGGUUUCCUCCCACAGGGAAAGUUGACAGGGUGGGUUAGGAUAAACACAGUUAAGGUAAUUCCGCAGUAAUUGUUCCCGAAAUGAGAAUGUGCUGAAACUUCCCAGGCAUGGAGUUUAUGAUAUACUUAAAUUAAAAUCACACAAAAAAGUCGGGGUCAGCGAACUCGUUAAGAAGAUAUGACAAUCACAAUAUACCACCUUUACCCCAAUAUGGCGCCAUCUUGACGCUCAUUACGAGUAACAGCAAAAUCACAACAGCUCGAUAUUUAUUGACGUUUUUAGCGCGGAUUUUGCUUUAGUAAACCUAUCUUCUAAUUAUUUUUGAAAAAAUAUUGUGUUUUGAGCAAAAUGAAACUACUAACGUGUACAAUUCUGAUCCACAAAUGUCUUUUCCACAUUUUUUUACAUAUCUUUCUUUGAGAACAUGCAUUGAUAAAGGAUUUUUUUUCAAGAUCUAGAAAUGACUUUUCUUUUAAUUUUGGAUAUGAAAUGUAAAAUGCAUUAAAGAAAUAAAUUAUCAUUAAAACGUGAAAUACAAGUAAAUAAAUAUACUACAGACACCGGAACCCUAGCUACACUUUUGUAAGCCUUUUUUGAAAACAUUGAUUUUAACGUAAUUCUUUGCACGAAUGUAACCAAAGAUGUUUUGAAGUAACAUAAAAUUGUCAUAAAAUGAUUUUUUUUAAAACGGUACGUAUAAUGGAUGAAAUUAUAAGUUAUAAGAUGUGCGCAGUAAAAGUGCGCAAUGCAAAACUGCGGAAUUACCUUAAAAGAAAGUAAUAUCAUAAUUGUUGUAAAAAUAAAGUAAUAUAAAUAAAGUAAAUUUGCGCUGUAUUGAAAUGAUAAUCGUAAUCGUAGGUACCGCUUUAACGAUGUGAGUCAUUACGUACUUCCAGGGGCGUAACUUGCGUACAAGCACUAGGUGGGAGUGGAUUCCACGAAAGGGCGAGGUCAGAAAAGGAGCCGUUGACCCCUCUCCCCCAGUAUAGUUACGCCCUUUCGUACCGCAUUAAAAAUCGUUAUGAUUUCCAGUCUUUCACGAGGCAGUAAAAUAGCAAUUAAAUGUCAAACUCAAUUUAAUUAUUUGCCUAAUUUAUGCUUGGUGAUAACGGUAAUGCAAUACGCCUAGGAUAUGUAGAAACACUUCUGUGUAGACUCCUCGUAGAGAGCGGAAUGGAGGGGAGGGGCAAUAAUUUAAACUCGAAAUCAAUUGAUAGCUACUUAAUUUUAUUAUUUAGGUUUGGAAUUAUUUUGUCUCUCCAGACACUCACGAGUUUUGCUCUUGGAACGAGGCGUUACAACCUUACGCAAUGCCGCACGGAGAAGGCAUACCACAUAAUGCCUACGUUCAUACUGUUUAUAAUGAGGUAUGUUAACACUUUUGCAUGUCAUAAUAACAAAAACCAAACGCCGGGAAUUGAAUGUGUUUUGGUGGCUUUGCAGAAAAGGGCCGAACAUAUGUUGGCAACCUAAUUUUGCUGCCUUCCAUCUUUGAAAGUCUUUGCUAGAUACAUAUACUGAACUACUCAGUAGGAAUGUAAUGCCACCAGGUGCAUAAAUAAAUAGAGAUGAAUAUAAUUGUGUAACGUUCAGGUAUAUGUGACAUUUAUGUUUUUGAUGGUUUCAGGGAUUCUCUCACUUAGUUGGUCUAUUAAGUGAAACAGGCAGACCAGUGAUGUUUGUUGGUGAACAAGGUUGCGGUAAGACAUCAAUUGUUCGUGACAAAUUGAACAAUCAGGAUGAUGAUGUGGCUGAAUUUCAUUCUGUGAGUGUGUACUGUAAUCAGUUUACUUCAUCAAGAACACUAUGGCGGAAUAUCAAUAAUUGUUUGGAGUGGAAACAUGGUAGAACAUAUAUACCUAAAGGGAAUAAGAAGUUGAUCUGUUUGGUGGACGAUCUUAAUCUUAGCAAGGUAUCAGUGGUGUAGUCGUGGAAUGUUAACAAAGAGGGCUCUCUAAAUUUUGUUGGGGGUUAUUCUAAAAUUAUUCUUAUUAAAAACAAUUGCCGUUAGUAACAUAAAAUAUGCUGAGCGUCUCAAAAGGGUAUGGAAUUCAAAGUUUCUGUACUACUUUUUGAAGAUGUAAAGCCGGUGGUGUACCUUCAGGCGAAAACUACAUUCAAAGCGAAAAAAAAUUUGCCGUGAAAAAAUAGGACGCGGUGAACUUCCCUUCCUCCGAGCAAUGGACCAUUUGCAUUAUAGACUAAAUUUUGAUCUCGACAAAAAUUUUAUCACAGCUUGAAAGAGCAUCACAAAAUUAGUAAUAUUCCAAAGUUUCGUUGCGAAAUGUUGUAAAAUGCGGAUAAUAUAGCCAUGCGAAAUUUCCCGUUUUUUAGUCAUUUUGUAUUACGCACGGGAAAUUGACAGCCCAAUCGGGUGUUGGGGCAUCAAUUUCCCGUUUGUAAUACAACAUGACUGAAAAUUGCAAAUUUCGCAAGGCUAUAUUAUCCGCAUUUUACAACAUUUCGCAACGAACCUUUGGAAUAUUACUAAUUUUGUGAUGCUCUUUCAAGCUGUGAUGAAAUUUUUGUCUAGAUCAAAAUUUAGUCUAUAAUGCAAAUGGUCUAUUUUGCCCAGUGGGAAAGCAGGGUUUAGAAAAUACGAAAAUUUCUGUCUGGGACUGACUUUGAUUCCUGGUCUAAAUUUUCCAUAUUGCUAACAGCCUAUUUACUGUAACAUAUAUUUUGAAAUAUCUUCGGGAAAGCUCUUUAAUAGCAGCUGUAUUAGCCGUAUAUAAAAUCAACAAACCUGAAAACGCUAAUUUAAUUCAGACAAAACAGGAUUGGUACUUCAACAGCCAAUUUGCUACGGCGCAUGAACAACGCGAUUAGGUAACGAUUACAAAAAUCAUUAUCGUGUUAAAUGAUGACUGAAGAUGAAAUGCAACAUUCUCGUUUACUGUUGAGAUUAUGCAACGUGCAAAAAAUAUGGGGGGGGGGGGGCUCAGCCCCCAAGUCAACAUGAAAUUUUAACAAGCGGGCUCAAGCUUUAACAAGGUAUAUGAUAACGUCGACAUCACUAGCGCUCGGGAAAGGGAGCAGUUGAUCUUCGUUGCUAAAGGGCUUGUUUUCAGAUCGUUAAAACGUGAAAGAAUCAGCAACCAUGCAGGCACUUCAAACAAUCCAAAACCUUACCCUGAAGCUUACCCUAUUAUUGAUUGUAGCACUCACAUGUCAUAAUUGUGGGUAGUGUGAACCUUUUUUACAAUAUUUAUACUUUCGCUGGAGAAGUAUACUGGAAACGGACAUGUUGCCUCCGAUCAGGUGUACUCGCAUGUGAACUAUAUGGCCUGUUUACACGAGUAGAUGAGUUAUGGCGAAGUGGUUAGCGCACUUGCCUCUCACUUCUAAAGCUGGAGUAAUACGAACAACAAAAUUGCUGCAACUUGCAACAAAAUCGGAUUUCAACGUAUGUUAAGUAGAAAUGUUGACACAUGUUGCCUCGUGAUUUGUACUUUAUGAUGUAAACAUUUUCAAUUAACAUGCGUAGAAACUAGAUUUUGUUGCAAGUUGCAGCAAAUUUGUUGCCCGUAUUACUCCACCUUAAGGUCGCAGGUUCAAAUCUCAGUGAGAACUUCUCAAUGCGACUCGAACCCAGUCCUCGUGUGAAAAGAGUAAAAGUCAACGCUCUGCCGAAAGUCGUGGGUUUUCUCCGGGUACUCCGGUUUCCUCCCACAGGGAAAGUUGACAAAGGUCGGUGAAGUCAGGGGGCAGAUCACCAACGAGGUACGGACUAAUAGCGGCUGCUUAAAGUGCCAUUUGUAAGCUCACAGUCUACCUCGGUCUGCUUACACGCCAGUCCCGGUUCUAAUGUAACCAGUCACUGAAAAACUCUGGUGGGGAGUGUGCUGUGCAAUAUCUGUAUCUAUGAAUUUGUUUUAUGGGAAUAUCAGUACCCUCAUCUGAACAUUCAUAACUCGGGCCUGUACUGUAGGUAACUUAUUGUCAUCGAUUCUCAAUUUAUUUUGUGCAGUUAGCAUUUUGGAAUUGUGAAAUAUGUGAGGAAAAACCUAAAAUCUGUAUGGUCAGAUUUUGUUUAUUUCCUUUUCAUUUCUAGGCGAAUGACUGUGGUAUUCAAUCAUCGACAGAGCUUAUCCGACAGCUGAUUGAUCAUGGCGGUGUAUUCGACCCAGAGACCUACCAGUGGCGUGAAGUACAAGAUGUUAACUAUAUUACUACUUAUAAUCCACAUAUAUCAACUACUGUUCCCAAGAUUGGAAAUCGCUUGCUCCGCCAUUUUUCUGUGUUCCAUGUUCCAUAUCCUAGGUAUGAUCGCUGAAGAUAA